GGACACGGGUGUUCAUUUGUCGUCGGGCAGUCCGUGCGUUCGGUCGGUGUUUUCGCGUCGCACUGCGCUAGUGUGGCUUUCAGGAGUGUUUUCGCCGUGAGUUCAUGCCUGCGAGCGGGUGGUGAAGGAGCAGUAGUCCUCUGCCAUUCUCAUAAGGCAUCCCAGAGUGUCAUGUUUCUUGUGGUUGUGUUGGUGUGUCUGCAAACAGAAGAGAUGUUUAUUAAAUGAGAUUGAAAUUGGAAAUUGUAUCUUAAAAUCAGAAGAAAAGUUUGUGGAUUUAUGAAACAUUGUGAUUUAGUGAAGUGCUGUAGGAUUGGUGAAAAAACGUCCUAGUGGUCCGUGCAAAAAUUUAAACCUUCUCUUUGGGCGAGGACCAUCUAGAAUUGUAUCUGUCUGGAAUCUAUGUAGCAAAAAAGAAUAAAUCUUGGAGAAGCAAGUGACCUCGGUAAAAUCCUCGUUCCUUUAUUCUGCUUCGUACUGUUCCACGGUUGAUAAUCAGUGUAUUCAGUAAUUGUGUCAAUCCGGUCUGUAUAAUUCACAUAAAACUACAUCCGAAGCGUCAAUCGCAGCAAGGAAAGCGGAAGAAACCUGACAUCAGGUGGCGAGAACCAGCCGAUUGCAGAAAAAACACAAGGAUAUUGAUUGGCUAAUUCCAGCAUAAAAUCAGGUUCAUUGCGAACAACCGUUCGUCCAACUGAAGAACAAAUCAAAAAUGUGACUUUACGCUGAAGGCACCCGAAUGUGCUAAAUGAGCGAAUGAAUAAACGGCUCCAGAGGAGCUUCAGCGUUAAAGGGGCGAACAUAUAAAACCCUUCCCCCCGGCGGGGGAGUGAAAAACCACUACCAUUGCAGAGGAGUAAGCCAACGCGAAAAGGAAUUAUUGCUGCUGACUGCUGUCCUGGCACAUACACAUACGAGUGUUAGCGCUCGCACUGUAAAACUCCACCAUAAAUGAGUUACUACUUGCAGUAAACUUUAGGUUCCUCCGAAGCCGACAACUGCCGGCUGUGCUGUGCAGUGCUAAAGCUAGUGUGAAAAGUACGCCGGCUGAGCAGCAUCACAUCAUGACGGUGAAAAUAUUCCGCCGAGGUUCGGCCCGUUGCAUCGGGCUGCUUUCGGCGUUCAUCACAAUCCUGCUCUGUCUGUAUUACAUCUCGAUGGGGCAACCCUCGACGACACCCGGUCCAGCGGGGUUACACAAGGAUGCCAUGCAUCAGAAGCGAUUAAGCAACAUUCAUGACUCCCACCGUGGCGGCAGCGGUAUCGGCAGCAACGGCAAUCACAAUGCAAAUCAAUCUUGGCACAGUUGGCUGCGGAACAAUCUCAAUUCGAUCGGCAGUGGCAAGGAUCGACCGAUGGGGGUGCCGAGGCCACCGGGAUUAGCAGAACUAGACAACGGUGCUGUCAGCGGGAGCUUAGCGGACGGUGAUGGCAGUGGAUAUGGGAACCCACCGCGAUUCAGCUCCAGGUGGGACGAAUGUUCUGCGCUGGAGGAAAGGCCUACCGAUAUCACCACCGGCGAUGAAUAUGGGAAUUUCGAUUUUCAGCCGGAAUGGAUGAAGACCAAAGAGUACUGGGACAAGGACUUUGAGAGCCGCUACGAAAAACUGCAGAAAGACCCGGGCAGACCGCCGCUUAAGAUUGUGGUCGUCCCGCAUUCCCACAACGAUCCAGGCUGGCUGAAAACGUUCGUCAAUUACUUCCAGUCAGACUCGCGCCAAAUUCUGAACCUGGCUGUGACCAAGAUGCCCGAGUACAGCAACAUGUCCUUCAUUUGGAGCGAGAUCAGCUUCAUGCAGAUGUGGUGGGACCAGGCGCAUCCCACGAAGCAAAGGAUAUUGAAAAAAAUGGUCAAAUCUGGCCGGCUGGAGAUCACAACCGGCGGAUGGGUUAUGACCGAUGAAGCGAACGCUCAUUUGUUCGCUAUGGUCGAUCAACUGAUUGAAGGUCAUCAGUGGGUUAAAACAAACCUGGACGUAACACCGACGAGCGGUUGGAGUAUCGAUCCAUUCGGACAUGGCAGUACGGUGCCCUACCUGUUGGCAGCUAGUGGGUUCGAAGGCACAAUCAUUCAACGAAUACAUUAUGCAUGGAAACAGUGGUUCGCCCGCCACCGCUACGGAGAUUUUAUGUGGACUCCCUACUGGCGAACGCCAGCAACUCCGCUAAACAACAAACACUCCCUGCUAACCCAUAACAUGCCUUUCGAUAUUUACUCAAUAAAACAUUCCUGUGGGCCACAUCCAUUCAUCUGCCUGAACUUUGAUUUUCGCAAAAUUCCCGGCGAAUAUACGGAGUAUUCAAUCAAGGCUCAAUUCAUCACACCGGAAAAUAUUGAAUCCAAGGCCGAUCUACUGAUGGAACAGUACUCACGGACCGCGUCACUGUUUCCGCAUAACGUUGCUCUCAUCCCAGUGGGCGACGAUUUCCGCUACAACAAGGAAAAAGAAGUGGAACAGCAGUACACCAACUACAAAAAACUGAUCGAUUACAUCAACGAAAACAAGAACAAGUAUAAAGCGGAGAUCAAAUUCGGAACACCAAAGGAUUACUUCAACGCUGUAAAAGAGCGCUAUGACAAGUUCCCCACCUUGAAAGGUGACUUUUUCGUGUACGCUGACAUCUUCAACGAAGGUAGACCGGCGUACUGGUCUGGAUACUUCACGACACGCCCAUUUUUCAAAAUUCUCAGUCGUGAACUGGAACACAACCUAAGAAGUUUGGAGAUUAUGUUCACGCUAGCGUUCAAUCGAGCUCGGCAGGCGGGCAACUCGAAUGCUUUCAAAAUCUAUGAGAAAAAUUAUGAAAAAAUAAUACUGGCAAGGCGAAAUCUGGGUCUGUUUCAACAUCAUGAUGCCAUCACUGGGACGUCCAAAGGGAACGUAAUGCGAGAUUACGGCUUGCGGCUGUUUGAAAGCAUUCAAGAGACGGUUAAACUUCAGGAGAAAACCAUUGAACUGCUGGUACAGAAGAAGGGCUCCGAGUUGAACUUCUUGAUUGGAGAACUGGAGCGAGAUAACUUCAGCAAACUUCCUCGGAAAACUCCUCUCAUCGUAACGGAAGCUCGCAGUACGGAUUUCGUGGUGUAUAAUGCGCUUGCUCAGGAACGACUGGAAGUUGUUAUGAUUAGAACCUUGUCGCCACGGGUCAAAAUCUUGGAUCCACAUGGGAAACAGGUGGAUAUUCAAAUAAACCCUGUGUGGAAUAUAACCGAGUCGGCGUAUGCCUCCAGGAAGAUUAUUCCUUCGGACAAAGAGUAUGAAAUCUUGUUUGUGGCUAAAUUAGCACCGCUUUCGCUAACAACAUUUACGGCUUCCUAUGAUGAUGAGUUCAAAGCAAAGAUGGCAACACUAUACUGCAACGAGUGUCAGGACGAGAAAAAUGAGAUUUUCGAGAUUAGAAAUAAACAACCAGGGGACAUUCAACUUGAGAACUUCAAAAUGAGGCUGCUUUUCGAUGAACAGAGUGGCUUCCUUAAAUCGGUAACCAAGAAGAACAUGGGUAAACAAAUUCAGUGUGCAAUAAAAUUCGCCGCAUACAAAAGUGCUCAGUUCCAUUCCGGGGCUUAUUUGUUCAAAACAGAUCCGGAACAGAGAAAUUCCGAAAAGGAAGUCUUGGAGCAGUAUAACGAUGUCACGAUUUUGAUAACUUCUGGACCACUAGCCAGCGACGUCACGGCGAUAUACGGUCCGUUCCUUGCCCAUACAGUAAGGAUAUACAACUCCAACACAAUACUGGACAAUGGAAUAUACAUCGAGAAUGACAUUGAUUUUGAAUUGCCGCCCAAAAACCGUGAGACUGAACUGUUUAUGCGAUUCACCACGGAUAUUGAAAACGGAGGAGGCGAGAACCCUGAAUUCUUUUCGGACCUGAACGGUUUCCAAUACCAGAAGCGCACGAAAGUGCCAUCUAUCGGAAUCGAGGGGAACUAUUUCCCAAUCACCAGUGGAGCCUUCAUUCAGGACGAAAAAAUGAGACUGACUUUGCUGACGACCCACGCCCAAGGUGCAGCCAGUUUAGAACCUGGCCAACUUGAAGUUAUGCUAGAUAGGCGAACACUGUACGACGAUUACCGAGGUAUGGGCGAGGGAGUCGUUGACAGUCGCCUUACACGGCACCGGUUUUGGUUGACGCUGGAAACUAUUGAUGCCGGGAAUUCGGUCCCUAGCGGGGGUGACUCCCCGGAUCGAGCUGACGAUUCCAAACCCGCCGAAUAUCAGCUGCCGAGCAUUUUUGCCAAUAGCUUAUCGAACGGGCUAAACUAUCCGGCGAAUCUGUUCAUUGUAGAGAAGUAUGAUGAAAGCAACCAGAUAGAUAUUAACCGAGCAGUUCAACUGCUCGCCACUCCGUUUCCCUGUGAUCUGCACAUUCUUAAUCUCCGAACACUGACCGAGGGCAGUCUGCCACUUUUCCCGUCAAGCUCGGCCCUGCUGGUUUUGCAUCGGCAAGGCUAUAACCGCCGGAUAGGCGGCGAUGAAGUAAUAAAUUAUUUUUGUAACAAUAGCAACAGUAGUACCAUAAGUAGUAGUAGUAGUAGUGAUACCAUUAGUAGUUUAAAUGUAGAUAAAUAUAAUAGACAGUUGCAGCUCUUUGCGGGGGUGCAGAUCGAACAAAUUACUAGUACCUCGCUGACUGGGCUGCACCCGGGCGAAUCGGUAAGUUCCCUUGGGGAUAUCUUCCUGGAGUCGAUGGAGCUGCGGACGUACAAUUUAACCUUUAUCAAGUAGAUCUCGUACCGUGACAUGGGAAAGCCCUUUUCCAAGAAAAGGACACAAUCUGAUGAUGUCUUUGAAUACCAAAAUACCCUAUCGAUCCUACGGUACUAUGAUAGGUCACUAAACUGCCCAUAACAGCAUAAGAGUCCCAUGUUGAAAAACAGCAAGCCGAGAAAAACGCUGUUCAAGAUUGUCCCAUCCAUUGAGCCAAAUGGAUGGGACAACCAUGUUUUGGUAUUUUUUUUUAUAUUUUCUGAACAAACCCGGUAAUCUUAUUUGUGCUGUGUGAUUCAGUGGUGAUACAGAAUACAAUCCAACGGAUAACUCAUUUUCGACAAAAAUCCAUAUGGGACUCUUAUGCGUUUAUGGGCAGUAAAGCCAUUGUAUCGAGUUCGUUCUGGGAUAAGUUCAAUUGAAGGCAUCAAUAUGAAAAUACAUCAUUGAUACGCGGUGGAAAAAUCUUGAUAGUCACGAACCUCUAUAAUACCAGUUGAUAUUCGAAAUGUCAGAGGUCCCAUAAAAUGGACGGCAAAUGGCAAACCUUAAUGCCAACGACCUGUUGUAUUUUUAAGCACAUUUGUAAAGCACGUAAAACACGAAUACGUUUAAGAACGAUUGUUUAAGAUGAAUGUUUUCGGCCUUCCUAGUAUCACUCCUGAAAGAUGAUAUAAAUUUUAAAAGUAGUAACAACACACAACACUUUAAAAAAGCGAAGCAUCAAUUCCGAAUCCAAGUAUGCCACCACACGACUAAAGCUGUUUCCAGCUCCGAUCGGAAAUGCGAUCUUGGUGCGAAGCAAACAGUGGCGGUUAGUGGCGCGCGGUUAUAAAUUUGUUACACUAGCAAAAGCAUAUAUUUUGAAACCAAAACUACACACAAUUGCAACCAUUAUCAUUCCACAGUCGAAUUGAUUUUAGAAACAGUAUAGGAAAUGUUUUAAACAAAACACUACACACACAGACGCUGAAUUUUUCAGCAAAAUCUGAUACCCAGUAUAGUAAUCUCUACCCUUUUUUUAAAUACAUUUAGUAAACGACUGCAUUACCAACCAAACACAUUCACGUUGUAAAUAUAUGAACAAAAUAGCUUAGAACCUGUUGGUUUUUCGAUUGUUCGUUCGAAAUGUGAUUUUAGUUUUAGUCAUUUCUCAUUUUACGACUACUUUCUUUUUAUGUUAAUCUCCUUAUCUGUAUAUUAAAAUUCCUCGUAAAACAUUGCUUCCUAUCUACAUAGGACCGUCCAGCUGACUUUUUAUCACAAGUUUUUCUCCUUAUCCCGGUUAUCGACUUAAGUUGAUAUAUGGUUAGUCUAUAGAAAACUGUACCCAAGAUCACGAGCGAUUUUGAUUGGAUCUAGGUAAUCAUAUUGAUAUACAAUACAAACGGUAAUACAGAUUCUAUACCGAACACGGUAGAAACCAGUGGAUGAGUGUUUGUUUUAUUUAUACAUCUAUGUAUGCGGUUAUAGAAUAUUUUGAAUGAGACAAGCUCGAAAACUCCUACAAAUAUACUGAUGUUAAGUGAUGUGAAGCUGUCCUUGUGUUUGACAACAAAUUUUAGUUUGUUUUUUUCGUGUUUAUAUUAUAAAUAUAUAUGAAAACAAUCGAUCAAAUUGUAGCUAAAUAUUUAGGAGAAUUAAACAAUUUAAGCAAAAUGUGUAGGAAAAAUCGAGAACCCGAUUUCUAGGUUGAUAGCGUAACCGUGUGAUGAAUGGGAUUUAGUGAUUCAAUGUUAUGAUUUCUGGCCAUUGAGGUGAAGAGAACAAAAAUUUUCGAUGCAGAAAAAAAAUCUGAACGUGGUGCUCUCUGUUCCUGAUUUUGUACAAAGUUCAAAUGUAUUUGUUAAACUUUACUUCCUCGCCGUUUUCAUUUAUUAACUUAUUCUUCAGUUGCUAUCGAUUGAUCUGCUUAGUAAACCAAAUGUCUGAAAUACGAGUGUAAGUAAAAUAAACAAAUAAAUAUUUUA